GCAUUCUUCUUCUUGGUUGUCUAAUACAUUAUUAUUACCUGGCCAUGGCAGGAGGCUUUUUAAAUUCAUUGAGGUACAGUGUCUCCCGUCAUGGACGCUACUCCCUGACACCUUGUAUGAAAAGAGGUCUUAUUGGAAUUGGGAUUCUUAAACAGCCCUGCUUCCGACUUGCCUCAAGGACCUUCUAUAAAUACCAUGCAGCUCCCAUAUUUUUUAGAGCACCGGCUUUUGGUGACAGAAUAGCUAUGGUUGACCAGAAUGGACAUCAUUCAUACAAGGAUCUCUACCUUAGAAGCUUUGCCCUGUCCAAAGAAAUCACCCGGCUCCUGGGGCGUCCGAGCAAUGAUAAACCUCCAGAAAGGGUCUCCUUCAUCUGCCCUAAUGACUCCUCAUAUGUGGUCUGUCAGUGGGCUACGUGGAUGAGUGGUGCCAUUGCUGUACCUCUUUGCAGGACUCAUCCUCCUCCAGAGAUAGAAUAUGUGCUUCAAGAUUCCAGGAGUGCACUGGUUGUAGCAGAAGAAAAAUAUACAAGUUUAAUGGAUCCCUUGGCAGCAAAGUUUGGGAUUCCAAUGCUAGCCCUUGGUGGAUCUCACUCUUCCCAUCCUGUGGAGAGGCUUUCAGAAGUAGAACAACACCACCCUGAGUUGGACUGGAAAGAAAGAGGAGCCAUGAUUAUCUAUACCAGUGGGACCACGGGGAGACCCAAAGGUGUACUCAGUACUCACCAAAAUCUGCACGCAAUGGUGAAAGCUUUGAUAGAUGAAUGGAAAUGGACCAAGGAAGACUGCAUACUCCAUGUCUUACCUCUUCAUCAUGUUCACGGGGUGGUCAACAAACUGCUGUGCCCUCUUUGGGUAGGGGCCACAUGUGUCAUGCUGCCUGAGUUCUCUCCCCAGAAGGUAUGGGAGCACUUCCUCAGCCGAGAGGUGUCCUCGAUCAAUGUGUUUAUGGCUGUGCCCACCGUCUACUGCAAGCUGAUUGAUCACUACGAACGUCAAUUUACCCGGCCCAGCGUUCAAGACUUUGUGCGGGCGGCGUGCCAAGAUAAAAUCAGGUUAAUGGUGUCCGGCUCGUCUGCUCUUCCCGUGCCGGUUCUGGAGCGUUGGAGAGACAUCACCGGCCACACCUUAUUGGAGAGAUAUGGCAUGACUGAGAUUGGCAUGGCUUUGACCAACCCUCUAAAUGGAGUACGUGUUCCAGGCUCAGUGGGUAACCCCCUACCAGGAGUGGAAGUCCGCAUCGCAUCUCCAAACCCCCAGAGAGAAGGCAGCUCGUACACUACCCAUGCUUACGGAGAUGUAACGGGUACCAGAGUGUCCCCUGGUCUGGAGAAUCGAGAGGGGGAAUUGCAGGUCCGUGGCCCCGCCGUGUUCAGAGAGUACUGGGACAAGCCCCAAGAGACGCAGGAGGCUUUCACCCCAGACGGCUGGUUUAAAACAGGAGAUACGGCUGUAUACAAAGACGGCACCUACUGGAUCCUCGGCCGGACUUCUGUGGACAUCAUUAAGAGCGGAGGGUACAAGAUUAGCGCUUUGGAAGUGGAGCGCCAUCUGCUGGCUCACCCCAGCAUUACAGAUGUGGCAGUCAUUGGGGCCCCAGAUGUGACUUGGGGCCAGCGCGUGGCGGCUAUCGUGAAACUGAGGGACGGGCAUGCGCUGUCAUUGCAGGAACUGAAGGAAUGGGCCAGGGAGGUCAUGGCCCCGUACUGCAUUCCCGCUGAGCUCAUCCGAGUGGAAGAAAUUCCCCGAAACCAGAUGGGAAAAAUCAAUAAAAAGCAACUGCUUUUGCACUUCUAUCCCCAAUGAGAAGGGGGGAGUAAAUAUGCUAGAGGACCUCAUCUGAACACACAUGGGUCAGGGCCUUACGCAUGCGCCCAGAAUCCCAAAGAGGACUGUCCAUACACAAGCAUGCAUAAAGACGAUGCAGAGCUCUCGCAGGGUAAAUACAUAGAGUGCAUAGAGCGCUCUAUCGAUAUAGGGAACCCGAGCUAUAGUGCCGGGGGACGUUACGUAUGCAGAGGCUUCUGCCUAAAUAACCAUCCAUCCUGUAACGCAUUGCCAUUGAUGGAAACAAAGUAUAGGGUCCAGGUGAUGUACUCUUGGCUUGUGAACAAAAUCAAACUGGCUUCUAAAAUCGUCCACCUGAAUUUUACAUUAGUGUGUGCAUCCGAGUAUACAAACACAACCGAACGAUGCUGCACAAGCUGUUCACUUCCAUUUAAUACUAAAGGCACAAUCACAACAUGCAGGAGCCUGUCCGUGAUCACAUACGUAAUUCACCGUCUGAUCACCUGUGCUCACAAACAGCACACGGUACAUCACGUGGAGUAACUUCCUCCGUGAUCUGCUGCAGGUGGUCACAGCGUGGCCAACUUACACUGUCGGGCAGAGUGCAAAGUACACCAUCAGCAACGAGAACGUGAGCGAUUCUCUAUCCUCUGUGACAGACUGCUCCGCUAAGGGCACAUGGGGUAAAGCAGCCGCAGCUCUGGAGAUUGAACGUGUGUUAACUCUCAUACAUGUGCUGGCAUUAGAAAUGGACAAUAAAAGAAAGAAUAA